GCACUGCUUGUCGGUACAAGCCCUUGCUCUCUGCCACAUUACACCAUGGGUUUCACGAAUGGGUGCAAGCAGCCAUUCACGGUGUGCGGGUGCGGGCAGUGGGCGUUCAACUUCAGGAUCGAGCGCAACAAUGGGAAGUGCAUCAAGUGCGGAGCCAAGCUACAGCUGUACAAGCCGCAGGGAGGACAAGGUGCUGGCAACGACGUCGCUGCGGGAUCGCCGUGGCGCGAGGGAAGGCAGGGCCGCCGCUGGGGCGGCAACGGCGGCAACGGCGGCACCACUCAGCCCGCCGCCAGCAACAAGCAGCAGAACGAGGCGGAUGAGCUCAAGAAGGCGCUUGAGCUCUGCUCUGCCAUCCUCCCCGACGAUGCGAUGGAGCAGGCCAAGAAGAACUUGGCAGCCAAGACGGAGACGGAGGCCAAGGCCAGGACCCCGUCGCAGCAGGUCCAGUCCACGGCCGCCAUCCUGGAGCAGAAGGAGGCGGCGCUCCAGAAGGCCGCGGACGCGCUCGUCAAGGCCGAGGACGCUACCAAGAAGGCGAAGGAGGCGCACGUCUUGGCGGGCACCGAGCUGCUCAAGGCGAAGAAGGACCAUGAGGAUGCGGUGCAGUCGCUGGCCUCGACGGUGUCCAAGCGCCCCGUGGACGACACCACCACCAGCGACGGCAAGAAGGUCAUCUUUGCGUUCGACAUGUCCCUCCUCAACGAGGGCCUCGACCAGCUCGACGAGGAGAAGAGGAGGGAGCUGGAGGGCCACCGCGCAGCCCUCGACACCGCCUACCAGGCCAUGGUCGCCGAGGACGCCAAGGUCAGGGAGAUGUGGGCCAAGAUCGAGGAGAUCAAGGCGAGCCCGCCCAAGCGGGCGCGGGUCGAGGUCGCCAGCGCGGCUGAGGCCCCAGCGCAGCAGGCUGCCCAGGAGCAGCCAGCGGCUGCAGCGCAGCCGGCCGCACCUGCUGCGGAGGAGAAGCCUGACGUCGCCAUGGCGGGCGACGAGGAGCAGGCUGUCGAGAGCAUCGCGGUCCCUGGCCUGGACAAGGCCGACCCCGAGCUGCUCGCGGCCACCCUCGAGCAGUCCGUCGCCGACGCCCGCGGCCGCCUGCCCGCCUGGCCCCCGCGGCCCAGCGGCAGCGGAGCAGCGGCCUCCUCUGGCGGCCCAGGCCCCGCGGCGGCGGCAGCGGCCACUGGCGGCGCCAGCGGCGGCCCGCCCCAGGCAGCGGCCGCCCCUGCUCCUGCUGCUGGCGGCGCUGGCAGCGCUGCCAAGCCUGGAGCCCAGGCUGUGGACGCUCUGAGACAGGAGGCAGCCAGCGCGCAGCGGGCCAAGCGGCAGCACUGCACAGACGCGACGGUAUUCUUCAGCAACAUCACGAAGUGGGGCCCGCAAGCGAGGGGCUUCAUGCGGGCCCAGGCCGAGAGCUACGACCUCGUCGGCCUGGUGGAGACACAUGCUAACGAGACCGCGACAGGCAAGGCGCGCAGCGACUUGUCACGAGAUGGAUGGAAGCUACUCGGCACACCAGCGAGAUUGACGGGACGCUCUGCGACGGGCACCUCAGGAGGCGAGUGGAUGGUGGCCAAGAAGCAGAUACAGACAACUUCUUUCGAGGCCUGGAGAGAGGCAGGCAGGAGCAAAUCUGGCCAGGACCCGUUUGAGGGGUUCUGCCCGACUUGCUGGCACCUCAAGUCGGGAAACAUCGUGAUCGUCAGCGCCUACCUCCUCCCGCAGCUCGGGUUCAAGGAGGCCAACCAGCGGGCCCUGGUAAGGCUCGGCGCCUUCCUCCGCCAGCUGCGCGACCCCUGGGCGGUCCUGGGCGACUGGAACAUCACGCCAGACGAGUGGGACAAGACACAAUGGCUUACGGAGCUCAAUGCGGAGAGGCUGCUGGCGGAGAAUUGCACCGCCACGUGCAGCAGGGGCUCGGGCAGCGCCAUCGACUACGCCCUGGUCUCCAAGGGCACGGCAGCCCACCUGAAGCUGCAGGCUGUCGAGGAGGUCCCGUGGAAGGACCACGUCGGCCUGAAGCUCACGAUAAAGGACGGCAAGCAGAGGUGGUGGCACAGGAAGCUGGACAUCGCGCGCGAGCUCCCCACGGUCCCGCGGCCCAAGAAGCAGGCCGACCCGAACAGCAAGCGGCAGAAGGGCAUCCAGAAGGCCAAGGAGGAGAGGCGCGCCAGGCUCCACGAGCACCUGCAGGCCGCCUUCGACGAGAUGUACGACGAGCUGGGCGGAGACGAUGACGAGAGGGAGGCUGCGCCCACCACGACCUUCAACAUCCCAGGGCAAGUGUGGGAAGAUGCGAGUGCAGCAGUGGACGCCAGAGGACUGGCCCCAGGAGUGACAGCCUGGGAGAGACCAGCCUCCCCACUGACAGCAACAUCGAGAAGCCAAGAGAGCAAGGACCACUUCUUGCUGACGAGGGACCCGCAGGGCCAGCAGAAGAUCGACAGCCACUUCGCGAGGUGGAUCACGACCCUGGAGCUUGCGACCCUCCAGCACCAUGAGAUUGACACAGACAAGCAGGACGCCUACGUGGGCAGAGGCAGAGGAUAUGCCAUCAAGUUGGUCAGGACCUCGGCCACGCCGGCGCGAGCGCACCUCCGAGACCCACACCUCGAGUGGUGGCACAUCGCGGCGACGCUCCUCAAGCGCUACGAGAUGCUCAGGCGCACCGACAGGAUCUCCGAGGCCGCCAGCUGCUACGGCAAGAUCGUCGAGCUCAUGCAGAAGGCUGAGGAGACGCAGCUCCACGAGGUGUUCAACAAGGACGUGAUCCCCAUCAUCGAGAUCAGCGAGAGGUACCAAGGGAGGGCAAUCGGGCAGGCGCUCACCAAGUCGAGGAAGGCCUACCAGAGCUGGGCCAUCAAGAUGUGGAAGGAAGCACCGCGGCACCUCCACAACAUGGUCAAGGACCCGAGACCCGAGACCGUUGAGAAGAUCCAGCAGGGGAGCUCCGUGGCGGACCCCGACCAGAUCAUGAGCAACCGCGCCGACGAGUGGGAGAAGCACUGGGCUGACCCCAGCGUGACCCCCGACCAGCUCCUCGACGGCAUCCACAUG